AUGCUGCUAGCCGCGCUGGGACUUCUGGGCCUCCUGUUCCCCUGGGGCAUUGGGGGAGUGGGGGUUGCAGUCCCACGGCAAGAGCGCCUGGCCAGGACCACACUUCAAGGUUUGGCCUCCAAUACCUGCGUGGCCUUGGGCAGCUCUGUCCGAACAGGGCACUCUCCUGCUGAAGGCUGUUCAGAGAAGGGCCUCACUGGCUAUAGAAAGGGCGACGAUGGAAUACAGACGCAGGCUUCUGGCGUGCCGGGCUUGUGUCAACCAUACCUUGCCUUGUCCUGGAAUGGGUUGGACCAGGCGGCCUUGGAGAUACUGGGAUACUGGGAUGAGGAUGUGCUGGUCGGAGGUCAGUAUUGUGUUCUUGUCCCCUUGAUCCCCACAUCCCUAGCGCUUUGGAGCCAGCAGCCUCAUGUCCACAACUCUCCUGGACACCAGAAGUUAGUGACCUGUGGCCUGCGGAAACAUGGAACUGCCAAUGUGACGUGGACCCAGGGCAGAAUUGUGGGGGGCAAGGCAGCAUCCCCCGGCUCCUGGCCGUGGCUGGUCUCGCUGAGGUUGAAUGGGCAGCCCAUGUGCGGAGGUGUCCUAGUCGGGGAUGCCUGGGUUCUCACCGCUGCUCACUGCUUUGCAAGCCUUCAGAAUGAGCUACUGUGGACAGUGACCCUGAGCAGUUCCCCAAGGGAGAGGCAGGAGGAGGGGAUCCCUGUUAACCGCAUUCUGCCCCACCCCAAGUUUGAUCCCCAGACCUUCCAAAAUGACUUGGCUUUGGUGGAGCUGUGGGUACCAGUGCCCCCAUCCGAGUGGGCAUGGCCUAUUUGUCUGCCUGAGGAGCCCAGAGAACCUCCAGCAGGCACCAUCUGUUCCAUUGCUGGCUGGGGAGCUGUGUACGAAGACGGCCCUGCGGCUAAGGAUGUGACGGAGGCCAGAGUCCCCUUGCUCAGCCUGGACACUUGCCGGACAGCUCUGGGGCCAGCACUUCACCCCAACACCAUGCUCUGUGCUGGCUAUUUGUCUGGAGGGGUGGACUCCUGCCAGGGUGACUCAGGGGGGCCUCUGACAUGCUCAGUGGCUGGGCCCUCCCUCAGGGAGGUCCUCUACGGCAUCACGUCCUGGGGGGACGGCUGUGGAGAGCCAGGCAAGCCCGGCGUGUACACCCGCGUGGCGGCUUUCGGGAACUGGAUCCGCCAGCAGCUGGAUGCCCCUCCUUCCAGCCGGGAGCCCAGCUGCCGGGAGUUCUUGGCCCUGGACACCCAGGAGGACCCUUCGGCAGAGUUCAGCCGCCUCUGCUCUUUCUAUGAGCGCUCCUGCCCCGCGCCUCGGGGAUCUGGCGCCUGUCCCCGCCUGUCCCAGAAGAAGUGUCAACUGCGCAAGAGGAGAUGUGAGCUGCGCUCUCUGCUCCAGACGCUGCUGAGCCUACUCAGAGAUGCUCAGGACUUCUUUUCCCGUCACUUGGGUCUGCUUCGUCUUGCGCGAGCCCUGCCUCAGCUUGGCCUGGGGCUUCUGGAACACUCCUGGCUUCCUCCUCGUGCUCCUUGGCGGGGCCAGGGCUCAGCCCCCCGAGGAGAAGCCCCCCUACCCCAGGGGAGGCAGGAGCAGGAGGCAGAAGAGAAAGGCUGCCCUGGGCUGGACACUCUGGGCCAAAAACUGGCUGCUGUUCGGGGAGCCUAUGCCUGGAUCCUGCAAGUGCCCCCUGACCAGCUGUCUAUGGACUUUCAGGAGAUCCUGGCUGACCUGGGCUCCAGAACUCAGAAGGGACUCCUCCAGGCCCAAGUCAGAGCAGUCGUGGGGGGCCGUAGAGUGGUCUUUGUCACCAUGAUCGGAAUGGAGCCUGCCACCCUCACUCAUAGCCUCCCCGGCCUUUUGGCCCGAGCCUUGAGAGCCUUGAGAGCUGGGCCCCCAAUAUAGUCAGGAAGGACUCAGGCCAGAUGCCCCCUGGGACUCAGUGGGGGCUCAGCCCUACUGCAAUGGAGACAGCAGGGUGAAGAGAAUAAGAACAGAGAAACCUCUUGGAGUUGAUGCCCCUGAAGGUGGGGCCAAGGAGCCCCCCAGGCCAUCCCAGCCUCCAGAUGAAGUUUGAUGGUGGGGGUGCCCUGUGACAGGCACCCUCUCCUUAGCCUUUCAGGGGGACAUGACAGCCCAUGGGGUGCUGGUCUGGCAGGGGGGAGGGGCAGGGAUCAGGAUAACAUAGUUAUUUAUCAGUAGAUCUGGUUUAUGAAGGGACUGGGUAGAGAUUUGGAUAUCAUCUGAGAACGAGCAUUUCUAUAAUAAAUUCCCGCUACCCCCAAGAGCUCCCUUGGAACUGGACCAACGAGUAAAGAUCCAUCAACUCUUGGGAUCAUAAACUUGGUUGGGAGAACAACCAACCUUCAUCUGGAAAUAGAAGGAACUUCUGAAGUUCUGGGGCCUGGGGUGGGGGCCUAUGGGUAUGACACAUUGCAUACAGCAUCAAACUUUCUGGACGUGCAGGCUAAUUUUGCUGCAUUGUUUUCCCCUCUUUUUUAUUCUUUGUUAUAAGUGAUGACUCUGGGAGGCAGAAGUAGGAUCACGCUGGGAAAUGUGGUUGACAGAAAAACAAACAAUGUCGAUUAAAAAAAAAACAGCUAUGGAGAUAUUGGGGUCCAGGGCCUCUUGGCAAACUGUAGGCGUUUAAUAAAUGUGUGUUCCUCCUCCUCCUCAUGUCUCCCAGUGAACGACUGUAUAUCUGAAGACCCCGAA